GAGCCACAAGUCUUGACUUUGACAUGAAUCCACAAGACAUUCAAACCAGGGGUGUUAGUCGAGAUGAAAAGAAGAUUCAAAUAGCGAAAGAAUAUCCUAACUCGAUGCAUUUUCUAACUUAUCAACAUUCUUUAAGGAGUUACGCUUCGAUUUUGUAUCUAAGGCUUGCUCUUGGAUUUCGAAUAAUUUUGAGGGGGAAAGAUGUUGAACAUCAUAAUUUGGUAAAUGACAUGAUGUUAUCCGAGGAUAUUACAUACAAACCACAAUCGGUUGGUUAUGUAACAUCAGUAGCUGCAGUAAGUAUUGGUUUUGUGAAAGAUGCAAAACAUCACAUUGUACAAGAAUAGGCUUAUUAAACCUUUCUGGAGAGUGUGGAAUGCUGCUGGGAGCGAUGGUCGUGGUGUGAUAGGCGCCUUAGAAGCUAAUUUUGUUUAUCCAGCUCAUGAUAAACAGGGUUUUGAGCGAACAAUUGUCCUUGCUAGUCUCGAGGCACGCUUACAAGUUAUGCAGAAGAAGUAUUGGUCUUCAAACUGCCAUUUCAUUGGUUAUGCUAAACGCCGCAAUGUAAAGAACAGUAUUGUCUCUCCUGAUGAGAAAAAACCAAACGCUUGUUCUGUGCUUAAAAUCAACUCAUGUUCCCUGUUUAGCUCCAACGUAGGCCCUACAAACUCCGGAGUAGAAUGUAAGACGGGACUCAUUCAUUCUUCAAUUAAUGAAGGACAGCUAGGUGCAGGAAGCAUCCCACGUUUACGUAGGGUCCUGGAAAGUGCCGCCCCCAGAUCAUUUUUCAAUACAAGCAAGACAUCAAACCAUGUAUAGGGAUCAAACUCGGCAAGUGCGUACAUUAAACAGGCGAACUGAUCAAACUCCAGGAAACUCCAGCAAGAUUUUUUUCUGCGCCUAAAAGAAAAUCUUGUUCCCGGUUUAACUCCAACGUCGGCCCCACAACCUGUCAUGUUGACAAAUCUAAUUUGGAAUCAAUUGGAUGAACACAGAAUACAGUACCAGUUCAUUCUUCAGUACAAGCAAGCAAUCAAACUCAGCAAGUGUGUACAACAAAUUGGCAAUCUGCUCAAACUUCAGGAAAUUCAGUUGUGAAGAUGGAAGAUACUGUGUCCAAUGACUUGAGAGAAGAGAACAAUAAUACGAAGAAUAGUUUACAACAGGUUUUGCGCCAUUGGCAGCAUAAAGAUCCAAGAGUAAGACUCUAGCUCACAUGCUUAUAGAAGAAAGCCGAAAGCGGGAUAAGGAAGAAGAGAGUUUGAGGAGCAAAUCAAAGGAUGCUUCUGUUACCAUACAAGAGCUGCUCAACAAAUUGAGGCAGCUAGAAGGUAGUAGGAUGACUUUUACUUGCAUAAACGAAUGUCAAUGAUGAGAAGGAACACGAAUAUGGCUAGUAGCAAUAGCAUUCAAUACUAACAUUAUUAGUUUUGCUUUUCAAUUUCUCCUAUGGAUGUAAUUGCUUAACAGUUUUGUUGUAUUAAUGUUCUCUGUUUUGAAUCAUCAGCAUGAAUAUAUUUUAUGUUCCAAAUUUCUAUC